AUUUGGAAAGAUGUUUUUAGUCAGUCAGAGCCAUACACUCCUUAUCUCAAGUAUCGUCUCUCAGGACAGCUACACAAACUUCAGUUCUGCCCCUUUGAGGAUUGUCUUGGCCUGGGACACAGUAAUGGGUUUACUAGCAUUGUUGUACCAGGUGCUGGUGAGGCUAAUAUUGAUGGUCUUGAGGUUAAUCCUUAUCAAAGUAAAAGACAGAGGCAAGAAUGGGAAGUGAAGGCAUUGCUGGAGAAGAUACCAGCAGAUCUCAUAAUGUUAGAGCCACAGAACCUCACUCAAGUGUACACUGGGCCAAUAGAGGCUGAGAAUAAUACUCAAAGGAAUGACAAAGGGAAAAAGAAAAAGAUUGUAUUGAAAAUGAAGAAGAGAGGUCGUAGCACUCCUGGUAAACUAGCUUCCAGGAAACAAAAGAUUUUAGACAGGAGAGCAAGGCAACUACUCAAGGCAAAAUUGAGAUCAACUAAGGCAAAGGGUGACCAAAUGAAGAUAGAAGACAAAUCAAUUUUAGAUCGAUUUAAGUCUUAGGAACUUAUUUAAACUGAUGAAAAGUUUUUUCUUGUGUACAAUGUACAUACAUGUAUUAUUAAUGCUAGAAGAGACAAAGUGAUGCUUUUAUAUAAUAUUAAGUUACACAGGUCUGUAAACCAGGCCUUAGUCAAAAA